AUGAGAUCCUUCACCUCAACAUCUCUGCUGUCGACACUGGCUCUCUGUCACCGUGUCAAGGCAGCAGCCACUUGCACCAACUUCACCAUCGUAGGAGAGAACAACUACACCAAGCCUUCAUCCAUGACCUUUGCCGUCAGCCAAGGUGUCGUCUGCAGCGGGACGUCAAACUGCUCAGUACCAGUCGGAGGAAUUGUGACCGACCAUCGCAUGACAAAUUUGACCGAUUCCACAAUGGACUGGGCAUACCCACUCAUUAGCAACGCAACUGGAUAUCCUUUCGGCACCACACUGGUUGGCGCCGUGGAUAACACCACGUAUACGAUCAACGCAGGCUCUUCAGGAUACAUUGGCUUCACACCCACAUACAGAUGCACGCAAGGAACCUUCUCAGGAUGCGAGGACAAGGGUCUGGAUGGCACACCUGUAGAAGCAUGUACACCGUUUGGCUGGGAGACAGGCACAAUCAACGGUACCUUGGCAGCGAUCGCGACGUCGCCAGAGACUGCGAUGGCGCUUGUAUGCAACCCAGCGAAUACGAGUCUGGCGUCGAGUGGUAACAAUACCAAUUUCUGCAUCAAUCCGACCAAUUCGUCUUCUGGAAACACUACGGCGCCGGAUUUGAGGGCUGGCGCUGCUGUUUCGAGUAGCGUGGGCACGGUGCUGUUGUCUGUCGCUCUACUGAUUGCAACAAUUGGAGUCUGA